AUGGAACAAGGCUUCAUUGUGACUAGAGCUUCUCCACCAGCGGGAAUUUGCCCAGGCGACAGCGGUGGACCACUUUUCACAUAUAACAGGAAGGAAAAGAUCCUACAGUUAGGAAUCACAUCUAAUGGCGAUUCGUGCCCAAGUUAUAUUGAAGCGGCAAAACCCGAAACAAGAUACCUCGAUAGAUUCACUGACGUCCGUGAGCACCUGGACUGGAUAUGCGAGAAGACAGGAGUUUGCCCACAAGAGUAG